GGAGAGCCCUGCUUGGCAAACGACAGUCGGUACGGAGCCCUCGUAUAUCCUCGCCGUGUUUAUCUUCCGGAGCGGCUGGGGGGCGGCUUUCCGGGGUGGAGCGUGUGCCGGGACCGGCCCGGCUCCGGGCCGUGAGGGAGCGGCUCCGUCUGAGGGAGGUGGCGAGCCCAGCGGGCACCAUGAGCGUUUCACAGAACAAUGACACUAAAAGACAGUUUCUUCUAGAACGGUUACUGGAUGCAGUUAAACAGUGUCAAAUACGAUUUGGAGGAAGAAAAGAAAUUGCUUCAGAUUCUGAUAGCAGAGUCACUUGUUUGUGUGCUCAGUUUGAAGCUGUGUUACAGCAUGGUCUGAGGAGGAGCCGAGGAUUAGCACUAACAGCAGCAGCGAUCAAACAGGCAGCAGGUUUCUCCAGUAAAACUGAAACAGAGCCCGUGUUUUGGUACUAUGUGAAAGAAGUUCUGAAUAAACAUGAACUGCAACGCUUUUAUUCUCUGAAGACAAUUAGUACAGAUAUUGGCAGAGGCCGGGCUUGGUUGCGCUGUGCACUGAAUGAACAUUCCCUGGAAAGAUACGUUCAUAUGCUGCUUGCAGACAAGAAUCGACUUAGUGUCUUCUAUGAAGACUGGUCUUUUAUGAUGGAUGAAGAACGUUCUAGUAUGAUCCCUACAAUGGCAGCGGGUCUGAACUCCAUUCUUUUUGCAAUCAACAUUGAUAAUAAGGAUUUAAAUGGACAGAGCAAAUGUACACCCACAGUGUCUGAUCUGUUAAAGGAAUCAACGCAAAAUGUAACCUCAUUAUUGAAAGAAUCCACUCAGGGUGUUAGCAGCCUUCUCAGAGAGAUAACUGCAUCCUCUGCUGUCUCCAUCCUAAUAAAACCUGAUCAAGACACUGACCCACUUCCUGUUCUCUCAAAGAAUGUAAAUGCUGAUUUGAAAUCUAAAAAGGAUCGCAAAAAGAAAAAGAGAGUGACAAAUAUAAUCUCAUUUGAUGAAGAGGAAGAUGAACAAAAUGUGGGGGAUGCCUUAAAACCUCUGGUUACAGGAGAAAGUUCAGAGGAGAAUUUAGAAAAAUCUUCAGUUUUUAUAUUACCCUCAUCUGAUACCAGUCUUGGAAAAAGUUUGAAUGGGAAUGAAAGUAACCAUUCAUGGAAAAGCAAUUCAGUGUUCAUGAAUGGAGAAUAUGAAUACCAGAAACUAGACGUGAAGAGUAUUGAUGAUGAAGAUGCAGACGAAGACGAGCUAUAUGGAAAAACACUAAGAAAUAAAGGCACAGAAAAUGAAACUGAACCUUCUGAGAAGCCUCGUGAAAUAGUCACAUGCAACUCUCAGAUAUGCAGUUGGAGUCCUCUGCAGGUCCUGAAUGAUGACUCAGAUGUUCUGUUUCCUGUCAGUGCUGUUGGCUCUUACUCCCAAACUGAUAACCUGGAGAAUGGAGAGAGGCAUGAAGGUGGUGUUCAUGCAGUAGAACUGAUUCCAAGAAGAUCUGAUCAUCCUUUCAGAGUGGAAGUCAAUCCUGCAGCUCAAGUGAAUACUUUAAGCAAUAUGUUGCCAUCAGCCACUGUGCCAGAAUCCAUGACAAUUAAUGAACUUCGUCAAGCUAUUGUGGCCAUGAUGAACAGAAAGGAUGAACUGGAAGAACAGAAUAGGUCCCUGCGAAACCUGCUUGAUGGAGAGAUGGAGCAUUCUGCAGCACUGAGGCAGGAAAUGGACAACUGGAGAAGGAAAGUCGCAGAACAGGAAGAGCGGCACGCCAUGAAAGUCCAAGCCUUGGCAAGAGAAAAUGAGGUGCUAAAAGUGCAACUUAAGAAGUAUGUCGGAGCUGUCCAGAUGCUCAGAAGAGAAGGUCAAACAGUGGAAGUUCUGCCAAACAUUUGGAGCACCGAUGGUGAAUUUACUAUUCCAGACCAAAAGCAAGUAGAAAACAAUGAGGAACUAGCCAGCUCUUAUGAAAGGAAAUUGAUUGAGGUGGCUGAAAUGCAUGGGGAACUGAUUGAGUUUAAUGAGAGGCUGCACCGUGCUCUGAUGGCUAAAGAAGCUCUUGUGUCCCAGAUGAGACAAGAACUAAUUGAUUUGAGAGGGCCAGUCCCUGGAGAUUUGAGUCAAACAUCUGAAGAUCAGAGCUUGUCAGACUUUGAAAUAUCAAAUCGUGCUCUUAUUAAUGUUUGGAUUCCCUCUGUCUUUCUGCGUGGAAAAGCUGCUAAUGCAUUCCAUGUUUAUCAGGUUUAUAUUAGAAUAAAGGAUGAUGAAUGGAAUGUGUAUCGAAGGUAUGCAGAAUUCAGAAGCUUACAUCAUAAGUUACAGAAUAAAUACCAGCAAGUAAGGACCUUUAAUUUUCCACCAAAGAAGGCCAUUGGAAACAAGGAUGCAAAAUUUGUAGAAGAGCGACGCAAACAGCUACAAAAUUACCUAAGGAACGUAAUGAACAAAAUUAUUCAAACUGUGCCAGAAUUCACAGCCAAUCCCAAAAAAGAGACUCUUAUUCAGCUGAUGCCUUUUUUUGUUGACAUUCCACCUUCUGGAGAACCAGUAACCAAAAUCAACCGCUCGAGAGUGACUACUCGCUUCCCUAAACUGUCUCGCAGCCAACAAAGAGAGCCCCGAAGCCUGGAACCUCAGAGCGGUGAUCUUUGACCCUUUUUUGUAAUUGUGAUUGCUGGAACCAUGUACUUUAAGUUGCUCUGUGAUUCCUUCCUAACUUAUAUUUAUAAUUUAAACUCCUGAAGAGACUACAGCUGCAUCAACUUAAAUCCUGAAAAGAGACAUUCAUAACUAAGGGUCAUAUCCUGAUUAAAUACUUUGGAAGGCAGUAAUCACUUUCUCAAAAAGAAUACGAGAGCUCUUCACUGGGGCUCAGUAAACAGAUAGGCAUUUUGUUUGUUUUCUGAAGCAUUGCACAUAUUCUCCUUUGUUCUUCUGAAGUUAUGUUCUUCUGAAUUCCUUGUUUGUAUUGUGUUGUCUCAUUUUCUACAUGUACAUUUUUCUGGUCCAGACAUGGGUAUCGUGUCACCACAAUUUAUUUUCCUUAAAGAACACUUAUGAUUAUUACUACUUAAUAUAUCAGAAAGAUGUGCUUAAAAGAACCUCACUAAUUUAUUACCUUUUGUAAAUAGAAAGACUUUUUUAGUUAUUAUUGUAAACCUCUGAUA